AAAUGUAUCACGCCACUUCUACCGACAUCACGUAAUCCCGAUUGAUUGAUUUAGCCGGUAUCUAGCCGGUUUCAUCAAUAAUUUUCUCGAACGGGCAUCAUCUCCGCUGAAAUGGACAUCGAUAACUUAAGACGUGAACUUAAAGAGAACAAUCAAGACCAUUUGCUCCUGCAUUGGGAUUCACUUAACGAUGAGGAGAAAUCUAAUUUUUACAAAGAUCUCAAGCACAUCGAUUUCGCCAAAAUUAACCACUGGUUCGAGAAGACCAUGCGCGAAGCCGAAGCAAGUGACAAGAAAGAUGAGAAAUUGGAGCCAGUUCCACCACAGAUAGUUGGUAGUGUAAUCGGAGCGAAAAAUGAAAACAAAGUCACCAGUUGGAGAGAGAAAGGUCUACAGUUGAUAAGCGAAGGAAAAGUCGCUGUACUGCUUCUCGCCGGAGGGCAAGGAACGCGGCUGGGAGUCUCUUAUCCCAAGGGAAUGUACAAUGUCGGGUUACCAUCACAGAAGACAUUGUAUCAACUUCAGGCCCAGAGAAUCUUAAAAGUGCAAGAACUGGCUUAUGAACUCACCGGAAAGAAAUCGACAGUUCCUUGGUACAUCAUGACAAGUGAACACACCAUGGAAGAAACAAAAAAGUUUUUUGAAAAACGCAAUUACUUUGGGCUGCAAAGAAAUGAUGUGCUAUUCUUUGAGCAGCACACCAUUCCUUGUCUAACAAUGGAUGGAAAAAUUAUUCUUGAUCAAUGUGGUAAAGUUGCCAGAGCCCCUGGAGGAAACGGUGGUUUGUAUGCUGCCCUUAUUGAUGAUGGUGUAGAUGACCAUGUUACCAUUGGUACAAUGAGAAAGCGAGGAAUAGAGUAUCUUCAUGUAUACUGUGUUGACAACAUCCUUGUUAAGAUGGCAGAUCCUGUGUUUGUUGGAUUUUGUGUUGACAAGUCAGCAGAAUGUGGUGCUAAGGUUGUCGAGAAAACACUUCCAGAUGAGAGAGUUGGAGUUGUUGUGAAAUGUGAGGGCAAAUAUCAGGUUGCUGAAUACAGUGAGAUAUCAAAAGAAAUUGCAGAGAUGAAAGACCCAGACAACAAUGAUAGGCUCUUAUUUCGAGAUGGAAACAUUUGCAAUCAUUUCUUCACUGUGGACUUCUUGGAGAAAAUUGUAACGGAGCAUGAACCAUCACUCAAGUUUCACAUUGCUAAGAAGAAGAUCCCAUUUGUUGAUGGAAGUGGAAAAAGGAAUAAACCAGUGGAACCAAAUGGAAUUAAACUGGAGAAGUUUGUCUUUGAUGUCUUUGAGUUCACAGAGAAACUUGCUCUUCUGGAAGUUGCUAGAGAAGAUGAAUUUUCACCUCUAAAAAAUGCCAAGGGCUCACCAAAGGAGAGUCCAGAAACAGCACUCAGGGACUUGUCAAAUUUGCAUCGUAGAUAUCUAACCAAAGCUGGUGCCAAGUUUAAAGACACCAAUGGGACCACAUCUAUAGUCUGUGAAAUUUCUCCUCUUCUUUCCUAUGCUGGAGAGGGGUUAGAGAAUAAAGUUAAAGGCAAAGAAUUUUCUGCCGCAGAUGAAAUUUACCUCACAGCAGAUGAAGAAGAAAAAAUAGAAGAACCGGCGCCCAAGAAAAGUAGAGAAGGCUGAGAUUGUUUUCAAAAUUGUGGCUAAAUCAUCCGACAGCCUACGACGUUUGCUCCUAUUUCCUUCGUUAAUUGAGUCAAAUUGAUCAGCGGCCACUAGGCGGCCACUUUAAAAUCAAGCCAUUUCAUGAUUGUGUGAGUUCUCAGGCGUGGUUUCAUAAGAUUUCCCAAUCAUUUCAAAACAAAAAAAUCAAGGCGAUCUGAAGUAUUUGAAAACACAACAGUACUAGCACUACGACCCGAACGAUCAUGAUGAUCGGAUAGAGGUAAAGAGUUCUAUCGAGACGAGUAUUUUCCCGAUGGUCCCACGGGUCAGUAGUAGUCCAUACUGUGUUUCCACAUAAUCUUCCCAAUCGUCUGGUAGAUAACCAUUUAAGAUUUAAGGUAGUCAUUUUUAUAGGCCGAAAUCAUAACUUCAGACACUUACAGAACCACGGUGGGCUAGUGUUUAAAGGUGACCGAAGCAAAAUAUCAAGAAAUGCUUCUUGAAGUAACUUCUUGGGUGUUAUGGUUGAAAAGUCUUUGAAGCACUUAGCAAUUUGUUUUCCUUGCGCGUGAGUGAUAAUUUGUGAUGAUAAUUUAUUGAGCACUUGAGGAAUUGCCGACGCAUAAAAUGUGUGAAAGCCGUUAAGGUAUUGGUUAACUGUAUUUUUGAUUGAAGUAAGAGCAAUGAUGUUGCUAUUGCAAGUAGAUGAGAUAUCUGAAAAAAGUUACGAAAUUCUGAUACAUAUUUAAAUUAUGAACAAUAUUGAUCAAUCAGUAUGUUCUGGGAACUUAGCAACUGAAAGUUUAAUCGUGAAGUAUUUGCAUGGAUGAUUAUUGUGGAGUGAAAACUGAAGCAUUACAGAACAAUGAAGGUUCUACCAAUUUCCGUCUGCUUUUAGUAUUUUUGUGCAAAGUGGUAUAAUUGUAAUGUGAUUAAAAGAUUUUCGCCAUUUUCUUAUUGACUGAAACGAUGUGAGGAAUGGUAUUUUAACGAAAAUGAAUAGAAGCUAAAUUUAUUUUA